UAUCGACUUCUUAGUCUAACUUAUCAAAAUGUAAACUGCGUUUAUGUCGUAUAUUGUCGAGAUUUUCUUUUUAAUUUUUUAAACUUUUAAGUAGGUUUUUAAAAGUGUUUGGACUGUUCAGUCGCACAAGAAUAAUUAAAUUGUAUUAUAUUCAAUUACGUGUGUAUUAAAAGAUGCGCCUCAAUGAAAAAUUGAAAACGGCAAUUUUUAAAAAAAGUAUGAUGUACGCAAGGUGUAGGCACAAGGUAUGUGUGAAAAUAAGCGCUUUCAUAUGAAAAAAAAUUUAAAAUGUAAAUUUCAUGCAGGGGUGAAUAAUUUUUUUUUCUUUAACGCAUAAUUUAACGAUUUACAGUGCGCAUGUACGAAAGUAAAUCCAGAGAUCUCUCUCUCUCUCUCUCUCUCUCUUUUUCUUAUUAUUUAUCCAAUCUACCUCUCUCUCUCCCUCUCGCUUUCUCUAUUUCUCUUUCAAAAAUAGCACGGAUAGGUGCCACAGCACUAUUCGAAUCUGGAAGCCCCUCUUAGUAGUGAGGGUACGAACAAAUUGUUCGGAAGUAAAAGAUAACAUGAUAUUUCUUUAGUGUAAAAAGAUUCAUAAUUGAAGGCAGCACUGAUUGUUCAAAAUGAUAACAGUUGUGUAGUUAUGCACCACAAUUCACCAUUAUGUCACUAAAAUGCAUUCAACAUAUUGAAUCUCAAACCUACUCAAUCUGAAAAAAUAAAUUACACAAAAUGAUUGGUGAUUCAGAGUGAAAUAUAGAAGUGUAAUUUGUAAAGUGUUUAUUUCAGACGCAUGUUCAAUAUAAAAGGCAAAAGCUAAACAAAAUCGUAAAGAGUAUUGCACCAUUGUUUCAAUGACGGGAAGUUUCAGAAUACAGCUAAUCAACAUGGGUACAAGAGGAGCUGCUUUUCAGGCGAAGCUCCGUUGUCUUCAUGAAUAUCAUGUACGCUUAUUAAGCAAUCAAGUACCGGCACCUACUGGAUCAGAUGUAGCCAACACUAUUAAAUAUUUCUCACAGACACUUUUGACUGUUCUGAAGGACGUUCCAUGUUCUCCGUUAGAAAUGAUCAAAGAUCCGUCGUUGGACCAAAUGAGAAUGUCAAGCUAUCCUAAUCUGGAAUAUCAAAAUUUAUACAACGCUCUCACAAUGUUGCUUGAUGCAGCCUCAAACAUUCAGUCCGGGCUUAAUUUAUUUGGAAAAGCUUUUCUCCAGUGUCUGGGUUGCAUUCUGCCGUUUCUUGAUCGUGAUCUUAUCGACAAUUUACCUUACUUAACGGCAUCCACAAUAUCAGUUCUGCCAGCAUCACUUCACCAGGAGAUUAUAAAUUAUCUUUGCUAUUAUAUUCUGCCAUUUACUAUAACACGUCAAAGCGAUGAUGAUCAGGAAUGCCACGCAUGCCAAUCGGUAUCAGCAGUCAUAAUGCUCGUGUUUCAAUACUCCACGAAUCCCGCCCAUCAUUGUCAGCUAUUAGAGUGCCUCAUGCGACUUAAGCAUAACGUGUCCAAAGAUCUGUUAUGCGUAAUAGGGUACGGGACGGCAAUGUCUCGUGCGUCUGCUGCAAAGUUGCUCUUUUAUUACUGGCCUGCCUUCGAUCCGAACCUGUUCGACCGGAAGGGAUUGCUGUGCAAGUUUACAAAUGACCUGAUACCUUUUGUGUGUCAACGUGAAUCAUGCCCCAAUGCGGGCAAUGCGGAGGCUGUUAAAGUAUGCUACGAUCACUGCAUUAGUAUUAUCUAUGCACCAGAUGCACCUCCCCCGCUCUAUCUAUGUAUCGAAUGCGCCAAUGAGAUUCAUCGUGACCAUCGGAAUUUAACAUUCGGUGAUAUUUUGCACCCAAUGCAACAAGUUUCCAUGGUCUGCGAAAACAAGAACUGCCGUUCGCAAGAAAAGGCGGCUGUCUCAAUAUGCUUUUCAAAUGAAUGUGCCAGCUACAACGGAAAUCAUCCAAUACGAUACUGUAUGCAGUGCCAUGGUAAUCGCCAUAAUAGUCGUCGUGGGAUUGAUCACAUUGUACAUCGCAGUCUACCGCCAAUGAUGAUGAUGGAUGCCGAGAUGCAAACAUACUUAGUUGAAUCGGUGAUUAGCCUGCUACGCGAGGCGAAACCGCUUAAUGUUGAUUUCCGAAAAGACUUGACUAAUCAGGAUGGUAAAACUAACACCAUCACUUGUGGAGAAGGUUCAAAUGAUUUUUUAACGCUGGAAGAAAGGCAAUUAUUGGGGCGUUACGGUAUAUGGUUACUGGUUGGAAGGUGUACGCCGACCGUUGACACUCCAGUCGAAAUUUUGGGUCGAAUGUUGUCUAUGUUAUUUCAUUGGUUUCAUGUGACAGCUUACUCCUACGACGGGCAGGCAGAGAGCACGCUAGAGAAACUUAAACAAGACCAUAUUUGCAAUUGGUUGAAAGAAGUACGCAUAAGCCACUACAAGGAGUUCAUUGAUUGUCUUUUACCUCAUCCACCCGAGUAUUCACGUGUUGGUGGACACUGGGAUUCGCUAGCUUCGAGGACGUCACACCUAAAGGAGGGUUUGCAGCGGUUGAUCUGUUUGAUACCAUACGAGAUUAUAACACAAGAAAUUUGGGAGACGGUAAUGCCACACUGGAUGGAAGCUAUCACAAACGACGUUCCCGAGAAAGAGUUGUCUGAGUUGAAGAUAGUAUUGAGCAAGAUUUUAGACACGGAAAUGUCUCCGCUUGGAUUUGAUGCGAAAUCCAUGUAUAACUUUGUUACAAUACGUUUCGAAAAAACAACGGCAAAAGUUCAACAGCAGGCACUCUACUGGUUGCAAAACUUGACCAAACUGGAGAUCGUUAUACCGCUUUCACAGCUUUUUGCAAUGUUUGGUGAUGGAGUUCGUAUCAUGAAGCAUGGCGUACAAGCAGAAAUAAAUCAAAACAAAGAUGCUAACCGCGUUUCUGCUGGUGGCAAUGGUUUUGGAGUUAAUAAUAUAAAUUGUGCAAUUAAAUCCUUCAAAGAAAGAGAUGUACAACCACCUCGUAGGAGUUCAAUUUCACCGGUAGUAGAGGACGAGUCUGGCAAUACAUCGGCCAUAUCAGACGAUGAAGUACCGAUAAGUAAGUGCAUGGAAUUUUCGAGUGAUGCUGAACACAAUCUCACUUGUUGUGUUCUUAUGCUGGAUAUUCUGUUACGCCAGAUGGAACUACAAGAAAUAGAAAUGCAUUCCGGUAUUUAUACGACUGUUGCAGAGAACGUGUGUCGACUUUUAAAAUGCAUGGUAACAGCAGCAAACGUCGGAAUGGGCAAUCAUAACUGCCGACUUAUGGACUGCGCAUAUUGUGAGACCUCUGUUAUGUGGCAUCAACUUUCAGCAAAGUUGGUACAAUAUUUGGCUCCUAUUUAUCCUGUUAAUCCGCCAGAUCCCCCUUUGCAGACUGUAGUCGAUGAUGAAAAAUCGCGUAAAAGUCCGCCAGACCCGGAGAAAGAAGCGAAACCUAAUGAUCGUGACAUGUCGCUUUCUAUGGCUCCUUUACAUAUACCUCUGGGUCCUUUAGGUCCAGUUUCGGUGGCAGUUCCACAACCGGAACCUCACUCGGUUGGUGGUGUAUUAGUACAUAUGCCGCAUGUUUGUUCUAUAAUGACUGCGACCGUAGAAACCGUUUCUGAGCAGUUGGAUUUGGCCCCUAUCAUACCAUCAGAGAAUGUGGUACCAGCUGUUGCCAGAUCUAUUACCUUAUCAGAUGCUGAUGUAGCUACCGCAACCGUGCAAAUUGCAAAACCAAAUGUUAUUGGUGAAAAUAGCCCUGAAAGUGGAGGGCUAGACUCCGUAAAUGUUGUAGAAUCUCAACUAUUUGAGGGCGACGAAGAGUUUUGGCAUACAUCAGUGGGCAAAUUUAAAUUCUCUAUUGACACACUCCCUCAAUCACUGCAGUUUAUCUACCAGCUCCUUAAAGAAAUCCCUUACAUCGGCAAAGCAGAAAUUCUUUAUUACGUUCUACAAUGCCUUAAAGUAAUGGUUCUACAUGGUGAUGCAUUCGUUAAAGCAACUCGCGACAGUAGGGGUUUCUACAUAUGGUGUCAAGAAAACAUGCUUAUUAAAAACUUGUGGGAAUUAUGCACUGCGGCACAGUCUCAUAUAUGUCAAGUUACGGUACCUAUUUUAUUACAUUGUAUAACGUUACCAAUGGGAUCGGACGUAUUCUGGAAAGUAGUACAAGAAGCGUUCCAUGAUGCAGACUGGAGAGUUCGUUUCGAAGCUGUAGAACGUGUGACAGUUAUAACUCGCUUCAUGGAUAGUACCCCGUUAAGGGCAGAAGUCAGUUUGCAAACAUCCUUGGCAACAGCGUUUUGCCAUCUGAUUGCUGCUUGUGAUGAUCUAAAUGUCCAUGUCGCACAACGCGCUACGCUUUAUCUUGGGACUAUUCACGAUAACGCUAUCCAGGCGCUUCUUUACUGUAUGGAGAGUCAAUUCGACAAAUUUAUAAUCGAUCGACCAGUCGUGCUUCAAUCAAUAUAUCAGCUUCAUAACUCCCUUUCUGAUCGUAAAGUUCUUACUUGGGAGUUUUUUCUUAAUCGCUUUGACACAUUGUUUGUAGAAGCGCAAGUGAAUUUGGAACGUGUUGGGGAUAUUUCUUAUCUACGUGAUCUUCGAAACAGUGAAAACGGUAGCGAGGUUCUUUCGGCUAAAAUCAAUAAGGCGCGAGAAGCGCUCAGCCAGUCUGAUACGAGCGGAAGCAUGGCUAAAACAUUGAGCGCAUCUUUUGGCACCAAGUGGCCAUAUAAACGCACAAUGUCUGCACCUGCUACUAUCGUCCCACGACAGGAGUCCAAAAUAGAAAAGGAAAAAGUCUACAAUCGGCAGGUAUCUGCGCCAAUACUGAAACGAAAAAGCUCGCGAUUUGGCCUGGAUGGCCACAUUCAUUCAAUUAGCGGACCUAACGAUGAUUUACAAAUGGGAAGCUUAUAUAGAGUGAUCGAUCUCGAAGAAGCAGACAAAGAAACCAUUCACUUGUUAGUAUUUCUUCUUAUGCAAUUCUUGUCUCGGCCUGACCUGGCAUAUCCAACAGAUGAAAAGCCGUUAUUCAAAGUUCAGUCCAUAGUAUUACGACAUCUGUAUCUGCUGUUGGGUUACAAUCAGGGAGAAAAGUUUUUCCACUGCCCUCCGAUGCGAAUGCGAUCUUCAUCUGUAUUCAACGCAUUUAUGACCAACUUACCGCAAGUUUUAGACCAAAACCAUCAAAUGGGUUGGCUGCUACUACCAACCGUAAUCCAGCUACUGUUAUACGCGCCUAAUCAGACGAACAAUGGGUUUUUACAACCAGGCACUGGAUCAGAAAUCCAUCAUAAUGUAGUUACAUACAACUUUUCCAUCUGGUAUCUAGAACCGCAUGUACGCCGCAAUUGGCUGAUGUCUUUGCUAGUCAUUCUUUACAAGUACCAGUACAAUCAGACCUCUUUGGCUGAUCAUGUGCAAAACCUCGUACGGAUCGUUCUGAACUCCCUCGAUGCACAGUUUCACAAGUGUCGAAGAAUUCCAACUACUAUUGUUGUAGACUAUUCUGCAACCAGAUUGCGUAAUCAAAGCCAACCAUCACUUGGGGCAACCUCGGAGCACGAAGACAAACGACUAAAUAUUAGUCCUCCUCAUAGCCCUCUGCAGUCAGCCAUACUUGCUUUGUAUGGGAGUGAGGAGCCUCCUCAUGGGAGUUCAUCGCGAUUGAAAAGUGGAAAGGUUAAUCGCAAAAAUCCUGAUGUAAGCAUUGAUGCAGAUGAUACUGAAUCUGAGCUAGUCGUCAUACCGGAGAGUGAUGUUUCCGACAGUACACUACAGGAAAGUAGUGCACAGGGCUCACUCGAGGAUACUGGCAGUAAUGAAGAUGAUUUGAAUCCCGUAACAAUUGACACAGAUAAGCGCGGUGCGAUUGAAGUGUUGGGCAACUCCUGCUGCAAAAACCUGACAACAAUCGGUUCAACUUUAAAUAUGACAACGAAUUCGUUCCAGCACCAUUCGGUGAUAUUGGAACAACGUGGUAAAAAAAAGAAAUCAUUUGGCUUAUUAUGCGCAGAUCAAACAAAUGUUUGUGAAAGAAAAAGCAACACAGAAAAACGCGUUGCUAGUGCACUAGAGAAGGAAGAAAAAUCAGAAAAAGCAAACAGUACCAUCUUUAGGAUACCUUCGGCCUUUCAAAUAAAUUCCCAGAAAUGUUCUGUACAGGAGGGAGUGCGAAUGAUGGUCACAUCAUCCAUGCUCGGUCAACCUAAAGCCCAGGCUAUAUUAAACCCUUUUGCUAAUGUUCAAAAGGCUAUUGUAGUAACGCAAAACACCAGUGUCAACGAAGUAAAUGAUUCGAAAAAUGAAGGAUCUAUGGAACCAUAUGCGAAAGCAGUAGAAUCUACACAGGCUUAUAAACCAUCAGUACAAAUGAACGACAAACCAGCAGGAACAUCCAUAAUAUCCGACUCAAGCAUCGUGGGACAGCAAUGUUUAGGUACAUCUUACUUUCAGCAGCUACCUAUACCAUCUCAAGAACGGCUGUUACCCAUUGGUCAGAAUACAUCGGAAAACUCAGCUGGAUUAACUACAUGCUUCAACAUAGCUGAUAAUAGAUCGGAUACGUUACAGAGUACGGCGAUCAACUGCAAUGCGCACGAAAUUGCGAUGAGUUCACCCAGAAAGCUAAUAAAGCAAAGUGCUCUCGAAUCUCCUCAACACACCCGAGAUUAUGAUGACAAUGGAAUCCAUGGCAUAUAUGGUGGAAACCCCACACAGAGGGGCAUGGACUUAAAUGAUGGCACAAAGUAUGAACAUCUCGUACACAAUAAUCUCACCCAACAGAUGGGUAACCAGCAGUAUGUUCGAAAACAUACAUUACAUACAAAGUUGUUCACUGCGAACCAAAAAGAUACACAUAUUAAAUAUGCCGGUUUAUGGGCCCCAUCGGAGAAAGACGAUUCUGAUAUUGAGGAUGCCGAAAAUUCUACUUGUCCCGAAAAAUCGAACAAUCUUCGUGUUGGUGACGAAAGUAUCUGUAAUCGUUGUUCUGAAUGUGGAGCAAUUAAAGAAGAAUACACCGAUGAAGAGAUGGGAAUUAUGAUAAUUGUUUUGAGCACCUUCAUUCAUCGUGAACCAUCACUAGGCGCGCCAUUAUUACCGGAAGUGUUAACAAUAGCCUCACGAAUUUCUGUAUACCCGACGUUUCCUUGGCGAUGCGAAAGUUUAACACAUCUACCGGGAGGAUCACAAUCGGUUGCUCAUCAAUUUUUCCGAUGUGUUCUACAUCAACUUGCACCAAAUGGUAUAUUUUAUCAGGUUUUUUUAACUCAAAAAGAUGAAACAACCCGUAAACGGUUUUAUCGUAGCAUUGCAACAAGUUUGAACGACUUUUCUGAAUUAAAUCCCGCUAGUCCGAUUCAAAUGUUAGCCGAAACACUUAAUGCUAAGAAGACACUUCCUGGUGAUUUGUUGGGCAUUAUCUUUCGUAAUUUGGCUGAAUAUUUACAAUGCGUCUCGAUAGACUGCAUUGCUGGUAGUAUAUGGUCUCCGGUGGUGCAAUCCGUCGAUACACUUUUACGCAGAGUAAUUCUGAUACUUCCUAAUAUAAAUGGAGCCGAACAUUUGCUAGAAAUAAUGGUCUGCCUGCUGAAGGUGCCUCAGCUUUCAAAGAGUAUCCUGGAACCAUUUUCAAAAAUAAUUAGUUACGCUAUUCAAAACCUGAAGCUGACACAAAAAGUCUUGAGUGAAAUUUGCAACUUCAGCGGUAGAGCGUUUGCUAAAGAACGCGAUAAACUGUAUCUCGGUCGACAAAUUAUAUUCGAUAUGGUGCAAGCACUGAAAUUCAAAAUCAAUAUUCCCGAUAGCAACCUGCUACUUCUGGUGGGGGUUUUGCUUCAAGAUUCUGGUGGAAUCCUACCACCGGGUCUAAUCGGAGAAUUUUCGGGUGGAGAUUCAUCUACCAACAUGAAUUGUAACAUAUCAGACUGUAUGCGACAACCAUACUUGAACGAUAUAUUGGAGUUUUUAGCGGAUUUUCACACGUUGAGUAAAAUUAAGAAUUUAAAACCUUCUGGCAGUAUUCCUGGACUCUGCGAGGAUACAAUUGGUGGUGUGUUAAAAGGAGCAAUAGCACAGUAUCUAGCACUGGAGAUGUCAAAGGGAAGUUCCAAAGAUAGCCGAGCAGUUUCUAAAUAUCUUCCAUGGCUCAAUAACGCUCCAUCUUCUCUACAGCAAGGGCCAAAAGAGUUUACAGAAUGUGUUGGUCAUAUGCGGCUUCUAUCGUGGUUGCUGAUGGGUUCACUAACACAUACAGCUCUAGUAGUGCAACGAUUGGACAUGACUGCGCCCCACCAGUCUCAUUUACGAAGUAGUUCUAUCAUCAUACAGCCAGUGCCUCAAGAAGCUAGCUGCCAUAUUGCCGAUCACGUACAAGUGAUUUUUGCUGGUUUUGCUGAGCAAUCGAAAACAUCAGUGCUGCAUAUGUCAUCUCUAUUCCAUGCAUUUACACUGUGCCAACUGUGGACGGUAUAUCUAGAACAAGUCGCUACUCUGGCAGCGAUUUCAUCAGAAGCCUACCACACUACCCUCAGUGUUGUGUUUGAGUUUUGGGCUAAAGUAACACCGUGCAUCUUGCAAUUAGUUUCUCACUCAAAGGUAAUGUACUAGAAAUUCAUAACACAAAUUAUAAACAAUACACACAUUUAAAUCCUUCUUUAGCUUUCAGAAAGUGUGAACCUUCAUUUUCUGGGACUACUAGAAUCGCUGAAAGAGACUAGGUCGACUGUACUGGCAAAAUUGCUACCUCUUUGGACGCCAGUAUUAUCAUCAAACACGCAACUUUCUGGUACACUUCAUGUGCGAUUGCAGAAUUGUAGAGACGCCGUACCAAAUCUCGAAGAGCAAGAGUAUCACGGAUCGGAGGCAUUAUUAAAAUGGUUGCAGCGCUUGCAAUUCAAAAUGGGACAAAUCGAACUCCAGUCAUCUACAGCUACACAAUUCUACUCUAUAUAAAUAUAAAACGCUGCUGGGCCAAACCAAAAUAUUAAUCCCUAAAAUAAAGAGAAAGUAAAGAAUAAGCCAGAAAAAAUGUGAAUAUUUCGUGAACGACAUUGAAAUAAGAAAAAUGAGAAAGAAAAUUUUGUGAA